UUUUUUUCAGAAAAGCGGUGGAGGAAAUAAUGCGGGAAAUGCAAAUGCAAAAGGAGGCCGAUAUGUUGCCUCGCGUCCAAGAACGUAAAAUUAAUCCAUUGGGUAAACCCAAUAAAGAUUUCCUAGAUCGUACCAUUAACUCGGUGAUGAGACACAAUAAGCGGCAGUACGAUCGUAAUCAUCGAAAUUGUCAACGGAAACUAAGGGAUAUGGAUGCAGCCACGAGAGAACGAAGAAAACGCAGAUAUUCCAAUCAUAAAUCCGAUAGCAGCACGGAGUCAUCUGACUCCAGCAAGCAAAAGAAGCAUCAGAAGGAGAAGAAAAACAAAAAAUUGACAAAAAAGAAAAAGAAGAAACAUAAAAAACAAAGUUCAUCCUCCUCCAGCCCAUCAUCAUCUUCAUCAUCACCCUCAACAUUGUCCUCAGCCACAUCCUCCGAAUCGAUUGAUAGCAAUGAAGAAUUGGGUAAAAAGAAAAAGACGAAGAAGCACAAAAGAAAACAUGAUAGAAAGGAAAAGGAGGAAAAUGCAAACGAGGAUUAUUAUCACCAGGAAGUGGAUCCCUCAGAUCCCCAUUUAGCACUGUAUAUGGAUCAUAAUAUGGUUAUGGCAGCCGCCAUGGCCUAUAAUCAAAUGAAUCAACUGUUACAAUCGACGAAUCGACAGCAACGGGAUCCUGAAACAGAAUUGCUAAUCGAAGAGUUAAAGGAGGAGGGGGAUAGUGAUAAAGAAAAAAUGGACAUUCCCAGUGAUUUAAGUUUAACAUAUCAUACCUCAGAAUCGGAAGAUUUAAAUAUAAGUCUUAAUAGCUCGUCGGCGGAAGAAGAUGAAAAUGGAGUGUUGACAUUUAAUUUAUCGUCCGAUGAGGAGAAAAAUCGGUCAGGAAAUAAAACGAAAAGGCCGACAAAAAGUCACGAAAAGAAACAAUCACCCUCGUAUGUCAUCGAAAAUGAAAGUGAUGUGGAAAGUGUCCAUUCACAUAUAUCCCUUAAAUCGGAUAUUUCCGAAAAGGGGCAUACAACUUCGAACAAUUGUAUUCUUUCCAUUUCAAGUAGUUCCUCAUCUGAUUCGGAUUGUCAGGAGGUGGAAGUUACGCCGAAUGUUUGUAGAGGAGAACAAAAAGAAGUUAUGGAGAAGGAAUCGAGCUUGGUAUGUUCCCUAGAAGAUGGGAAUUUGGAAUCUAACAAAUUGCCAGAAGAAAGUUGUCCAGCAGCGAAUGUUGUGGCAGAGGAACAAAACGUACCUGGAAAUUUAGCAGAAAAUAGUCGUAGUGUUAAUGAUAAACAAGAAGAGGAGAAGGAGGAGUUGCCAACUAGCCAUGUGUCCACUGAGAAGGAGGUUACUCCUGAAGUACCAACAGAAAAUGUUGAAGAUCAGAAAAUGGAGUCCUCUGAGAAGGAGGAUAAUCCUAAAGCAUCUAAAAAGGAUAUUGAAGAUAACAAAGAAGUCAAUAUCGAGGGAAAUUUUGAAGGUGUCAACGAGGGACAUAAAGUGUUGCCAAUACACCACGAGUCCUCUGUGAUGGAGGAUAACCCUGAAGUAUCUAAAGAAAAUGUUGAAGACAGUGUAGCUGUUGUGGCUGAAAAGGAGACUUCGGACAAUGAACAUCGGUCUUCUUCUGACAAGGAUAUGAUUACAGAUAUACCCAAGGAAACAGAAAAUACCUCCACAAAUAUUACAGAUAAUAAUUCCGAAGUCAUGCCCAAAGUCAUUGAAUGUAUUGAGGAAAAUUCCAAUGACAUUCGAAAGGAAGAGGUCUUGAAUCAAUUAAAAAUUGUAGGCAGUCUAACAGAGGUCCCAGAAGUUAGGUCACACAGUAAAGAUACGGAGGUACAAUCUUUGGAAAAUGAAAUAUCUACCGAUAAUAUUUUGACCCAAAGCAAUUCACCCAUGAAAACGGAAGAGUCUACCAGUAAAUCUCUAGAUGAUGAUAGUCAUAAUCAAAACUCGGAACCUGCCAAAGAAAAUGUUGUCGAUUUGACUAGUGAUUAG